AUGCCCAUCGACUACCACCGCAUCAACAGCGUCCAUGUUCAGGGCGACGACGGUCUCUACCGUUUAGGCCGGGUUGUCGACGUGGCCGACGACGGACUUUUCGUCGACAUGCUCCGUCGCAAUCAGCGACGCGAGUUUGUCCCCUUCGGUUGGGUCUUCUUCCCCUGCAUGCCAGCGAAGCGAUCGGUGCUAGCCGAAAUCCAUGCCAAAGAAAUUGAUCACCAGCCCAUGCAAGCGCUGGUCCGCGAGACCAAUUCUGGACCGUGGGUGUGGCAGGACGCCGAGAUCAUCAGUGUGCCGUACCAGAGCGUGGAAGCGGCCGUUGUCCAGUGGGAAGAUAAAAACAGCGGAGUGCUCUCCACCGACAUCGUUCCCAUUAAGCGACUGCGCUACGCUGACGACGAUCUGGAAGGGUGUUUCUUCCGCGAAGGCGACAACAUCGAACCGGGAAUCUUCGCCAGGUGCAGUGUGCAGCUGGAUGAGCGGUUUCGCUCGCUGACGACGGAAGCGGCCACCGCCUUGAUCGCGGCGGCGACGGUGGCUGAUAACAGUUGCGGACCGGAGUUAUUUAUGCGGAUGGUGGAGCUGGUGGACGGCCGGUUGGGUGUGGUGUACCUUCGCCUGCGAUUUAAGAGCUGCGAUGCCGACGACCUCCGAUUCCAGACGGCCUUAGCCAACCUCCAGGCGAACCUACCACGCUGCUUGGAAUUAUCGGAGAAACACUGGGAACGGGUUGACAGCUGUGCGCUUUUGCCGGAAUUGUGGAUGGAAGUCUUGUCCCAUCUGGACGCGGUCAAUCAGGCACAGUUGCGUGCUAUCUCCUCAACAUGGAACCGUCUCCUUACCGCGCCCCCGCUGACAGCCACGCUGGUCCUCACCAGAUCGAAAGACGACCGACGUUUCGCUUUUCUCACCGCCGCGGUUAUCUACAAAGGCCUGGGCGCCACCACACGCCACCUUGUCGUCGCGCCCGAAGAUAAAUACGACCUGGACAGUGACGACCUUCUGGCGGUGGCGGGGAUGAUCCAUUUCGUGGCGGAGCGCCAACCCGGCAUCCGUCUGCGGGGUCUGUACUUGCACGGUGUGACCCUGGAUGUGAUGAUCAACGGCGUCCGGGAUAAUGCGGAAUUCGAGGAAUGCGUGGCGCAUCAACCACCGGCGGAGUAUGACCGUCAGGGACGGUUCUGUCGUCUGCAGGAACUCGUGGAGGUCGUCGGUCCGCUGCCGUGUGAGGUCCUCCGCAUGUUCGACUGCACCACUGAACUGGCGUGCGUCGUCAGCGAGAGACGGAAGGAUUUUCUCUCCGCCAGCUUGUCCGGCGCGUGGAAGCUGUCGCUGGGAGCCGGUUUUGGCUGCGCGCUGUGGAAUGCAUUGGAGGCGCCGCUGGCCACUCCGAGCACGGCGGACCACAAGUUUUUGAAGCAGUUUCUGGCGAAGCAGUCGGUCCAAAAUCCAGCGAGAAAUGACGCCAAAAUCACUGUCUGCAAGAUGUUGUGCGCGCUGCAGUCGGCCGAUCCGCGUCCGACCUCGCAUUACCGCGGGAAGCAGUGGUGCGUGGACGGAAUGCAAGGGAUACAGUUGGAGAAACUGUCACGUAUGACCAAGGCCUUUCUUUGUGCACGCUUUAAAAAGUCGUCCCAUGCGGCCACGAAAGAAACCGGGAGAACUUCCUAAUUGGCUGGAAUACGCAUUAUCUCACUUUACAAUUUUGACGCUCCUG